AUGCAUGGCUCUGUGGGUAUUGCUGGUAAGCCAGUUGAUCGAUACAGAGACGCAAACUAUCAAAGUGGGUCUUGCACACUUACCAAUGUAGAAUCUGAUCCCUGGUGGAGAGUAGACCUGGUAAAUGUUUAUACAAUUGGGACUGUAAUGAUAACCAAUAGACAGGAAUUGGAAAAUGGGCUGGAUGGUGCAGAAAUCUCGAUUGGAAAUUCAACAACAUUCAGUAACCCUAAAAGCAUCAGGUGUGCCGUCAUCUCUCACAUUUCCAAGGGACAAGUGUUUUACUUUCCAUGUAACUCUAUGAAGGGACGCUACGUCACUGUGUUUCUACCAGGAAGUGCAAAGGUCCUGAGUCUCUGUGAGGUUGAAGUGUACGGAUACCCAUUACCCAAUGUGGCACUCAAAGGAGAACCUACCCAGUCAUCUACACUCUCUUUUGCCACUGCGUCCAAAGCCAUCGAUGGCAGACGGAACUCGUUCUACAGCAAUGGGUUCUGUAGUCACACGGCUGAAGACGAGACCAACCCCUGGUGGAGGGUGGACCUGCAGCGAAGCUUUACAAUCACUGCUGUAAAAGUCACCAACAGAGGAGACUGCUGUGCUGAAAGACUGAGCUUCGGAGCUGAGAUCAGAAUAGGAAACUCACUGGAGAACAAUGGAAACAAUAAUCCCAGGUGUGCUUCCAUCUCACAUAUCAAAGCAGGUAAAACCUACACAUACCGGUGUGAUGGAGGCAGCAUGGAGGGUCGCUUUGUGAACGUGUUUCUUCCUGGACAGAAGAAGACUCUCACCCUGUGUGAAGUGGAGGUGUAUGCUGCCCCAGCAGGUAGAGCUUUAAGUGACUGGAUCUGA